CAUCAGCUCCAAGGAAUAUCAGGGUUGCCUUUGUUAACCAAAGUGUCGUAGAGAUAACAUGGUUGCCGCCUGCGGAUACCGGUGAUCAAAGUCUUGUGUCUUAUGACGUCGAGUGUUUGAUACGUAAAGUAUGCAUCAAUACUGCCUGUUUAUAUGAGCCUUGCGGAAGUGACGUCACUUACAGACCAAAAAAUAAAGGCCUGGAAGUGUCCCACGUGGCUCUUGAGGGUCUUUCGUCGAAAGUAAAUUACACUCUUAGAAUCUACUCCAAGAACAGGGUGAGCGAGGUGGCGACAAGAAGAUAUGGAGUCGAAGGAAACUUCGAGGCAGUUAACUUAAGGAUGAAAGAUUCCGCUCCAUCUACGAAAGGCCUAAAAACGGAAGAAUCGAGGGCUGUAGUAUAUCUGAACAUCAUAUAUGGAUUAGCUGUCUUAUUGGUACUUUCCAUACUUGGCUCUGCAUGUUUUAUCAUUUACAGAAGUAGAUAUCGACACCAAAGAAAUAGAGACCGUCUUGAGGAACCCAAAACAGCUGAGUCUACUGGCAUCAUGGGAGAAGAGGUUCAAAGAGCAGAAUCUACAGGCACCCUGGGGGUAGAGCUCGAAACUGCAGAAUCCCUCACGAGUGCGUACGAUAAUGUGGCAAUGUGGACUGUGGCCGAUAGUGAAAACGUGGAUGGCUUCCGACUUAUCCGUGAUCAGAUCAAAACAGUUAGAUUUCUCGGGAGUGGAAACUUUGGUCAAGUUUACCAAGCAGUUUAUGGACCUUUGCGAUCUGAGGUUGCGGUGAAAUCACUGAAAGACGAUGCCACAAAGAAGGACCUAAAAGACAUGCUAACUGAACUGGAUCUUAUGAAAUCUUUAAAACCUCAUCCUCAUGUUGUGAGACUCAUCGGAUGUUGUACAGAAAAAGACCCUAUCAUGAUAGUUGUGGAGUAUUUACCAUAUGGCGAUUUGUUGGGAUACCUGCGCAAGAGCAGAGGGAUCGAGGAUACUUAUAACACAGGAGAAAAAAGGCCAAGCUCGACACUUACAGAAAAGGAUCUCUUGUCCUUUGCGUGGAUGAUCGCUGAUGGCAUGAGCUAUUUGUCAACAAAGAAGGUUGUUCAUCGGGAUUUAGCAGCUCGCAAUGUGUUAGUUGGGGACAACAAAGUGUGCAAGAUUUCAGACUUUGGUCUAGCACGUGGUUUGGAGGGAGAUAUCUACAUGAGAAAGGCUAAGGCUCGCCUUCCAAUCAAGUGGAUGCCCCCAGAAUCUCUUUUAUAUGGAACAUCUACUACUAUGAGUGAUGUAUGGUCUUAUGGCAUUGUGAUGUGGGAAGUGUUUACCAUAGGUGAAUCACCUUAUCCUGGAAGAACGAAAUCAGAAAUAGCGGGUUUACUGGUGAAAGGAUACCGUAUGCCUAAGCUAACUCAUAUCUCUCAAGAACUGUAUUCCAUUAUGACUAUGUGUUGGCAAGAGAAACCUCAAGAAAGGCCAACAUUCCAGUGGCUUUGUUCUGCGGUUAAAAAACUCCUUCAUGACCGAAAGAAACACCUCAAUUUGGAAGUCUACGAUACCAAGGAUUAUGUUAAUUUUGAUAUGAUGGCGGGCAACGACUGAAGAAGAAACUCCAGCGGAUCAUGACGACUACAACGUAUAGGAUACAUCGCGUAAUGAAAAAAUAUGUCAUUCAGGAUUGAAACCCUAGAACACUUCUUACAUAUAGGAGUGGUGUUUAACCACCACCUCUCGAAAUUUUAUUGCACAUUCUCGAAUAAAAGUGGUUCCAGGCAAGUUAGCACAUAUUUAGGGAACCAGGAAAUUCAGAAAUUAGCAGUUACCAUUAGGAUUAGUCAAUGCCCCUUUCUACAGAACUUUGUUCAAUGUAAUAUUUUUCAAACGUUUCCGAGUAACUCAGUAGAAAUUCUGUCCAUGCACCUGUACGUGUAGGUCCGUAGAAGUAGAUUAUGCCCUAUACAUGCAUUAUAAUUUAAUAAUUGUCAGUUUUGAAUUGUAAUAAAAAUAAUAGUUGCGCAGGCGCUGAACGUUUGUUUUCCAUUACAAGAAUGAAUCAUCGGUUGUACAUACUAGUUAUUACUUUGAUGACCCUAGUUUUUCUCAGAAUUCCUGAAACGCUGACAUAGUAUUGUUGUUAAUAAUGAGAAGUUCAUU